AUGUCGGACGUCACAUAUUCUUCUGCAGAAAAUAUUGCAAGGGUUCUAAUUGUGCCUCAUGCUGUUUUCAGUGUUCUAGCAACCGUCUUGGUUGGCAUGCGACUCUAUGUCACGAGAGUUGUAGCCAAGUCGCCAUGGACUUUCGACGAACGUGUCGCCAUCGUAGCACUGAUUGCCAAUCACAUAAUGCUGAUUACUGAAGGGAUCUCGGUAGAGUACGGCCUCGGAACAGAUGUCAAUCAAAUAGUCGAAUUAUAUCCAGGUGGUGUUUCAGCAUUCUUGAAGUGUAUCCUCGUCCUGGAAAUUCAAUAUGCUAUUGCAUGCCCGCUGUCCAAGAUGGCAGUCCUAGCGAUGUUCUACAGGAUCUUCUCCGCAUCCAAAAUGCUUCGGUAUAGUAUCUGGGCUAUCACUGCCAUGCUUGUUGGAUGGUGUAUUGCCGUUAUUAUGGUCAGCAUCUUUUCUUGUACCCCGAUCCCUCGGUUUUGGGAUCGAACCAUCCCUGGAACAUGUAUCAACUCGAGCAAUUUCUUCAUCGGAAUCACAGUUCCGAACAUUAUUUUUGACAUCCUUACGGUCGUGCUCCCCAUUCGCGAAGUCUGGGCACUACAAAUGGGGAGGGAGAAAAAGCUUGCCAUCAGUGGUGUCUUUCUCUUAGGAGGCAGCGUCGUGCUCGCAUCCGUCGCACGUCUCAUUCUAUUCGCCAUCUAUCGUCCUGGCCAAGGGACCACUGGAAACAACAUUAGUCAAACGGUCAUUAUACCUCACGCUGCAUCCGCCGUGGAGACUUGCCUAGCUAUAAUUGGAGCCUGUCUCCCGCCAUGCGCACCGCUUUUCCGGCGUUGGCUUGGAGUUGUUAGCGUCGUUAGUUCGGGGGAACGGUAUGGCUCCCGCUCAGCCAGGAAGAAGGGGCCUGACGGACAGGGGAAGUCCUCGGCCUCUAAAAACUUCAACACUCUCGUCACAAUUGGCAAAAUUUCCAACCGCGGCGGUCAUAUGAAGCGAUCGAAAGAACAGGAUGAUCUUGACGGCUCGUUCGAGCGCCUUGAAGACAGCAAUAGCCUGCAGGGCUCUACUGAUGGGUUGUACGUGAAUGGCAAUGGCGCUGCAAAGAACGAAGGCGGUAUUCACUCCGAGAAUGGCAUCCAUGUCCAGCGAGAUGUUUGCGUCGAACGCAGUGGUAAAGUUACGUCAAGAGAUGUUAAGGACUGGGUUGUGGGCGACAUACAGUUAGAUGACAUGCCCGCUCAAGGUGCAUCUUCUAAGCAACAAGUGGGCCUUGCUAGAUAG